AUGCCUUCAGUACAACCUACCGACGAGAACGCGGACUUGCGCGCGGUCGAAGACGGGCGCAGCGACUCAGAAAGUACGCGCGUGGGGACGGACACGGCGUCGGAGGAUGGCGAAGGACGGGCGGGGUCAGAGGGCGAGGACGAGGGCGAGGGCGAGGGCCGCGAGGCGAGCGUAGGCGUUGAAGGUGCGCGAGCGAGGACGCCAGCUGGGUGCGACAGACGGGCCGGGGAACUGGCGCAAGACGAGGGCGAGGGGGAGCGAGAGCACGACGACGAGGUCGGAGACAAGGCGAAGGUCGGGCGCAACGAUGAUGCGCAGACCAGGCCGGACGCGCCGUCAGGCUCGGCGCAGAAUCCAAUCGAGGUGGACGACGGGUCGACGGACGACGAGCUCGAGUUCACUGGGUUCCGCCUGGAGCGAGUACCUCGCAAUGCGGCGAGCGAGGCGCAGUGGGAGACCGAGGGCGUCGUUAUCACGGGGUAUAGGUUCAGUCGGAGGGCGGCGCGAGGACGACGAGUUCAACGUCGAGUGCAGCGUGCGGAGACCGGAGAGGAGGAACAGGAGGAGGGCCACAGCGCGAAGCGCAUGCGGAAGUAG